AUGUGGAGGGCAUUAACUAGAAACUCGGUGUCCGCGAUCAAUGCUGGUACGUUGAGAUAUUUACAUGUCACGGGGCGACUAUGGAACGCGCAGCCCUUUCUCAUGCCGGCGAUGUCGCCCACGAUGGAAAAGGGUGGUAUAGUCAGUUGGAAGUUCAAGCCGGGGGACUCGUUCAAGUCCGGGGAUGUUCUGCUAGAGGUGGAGACUGACAAAGCGCAGAUUGAUGUGGAAGCUCAAGAUGACGGUCAAAUGGCAAAGAUUUUAGUAGACGAUGGUGCUAAGGACAUUGCUGUUGGCACGCCAAUUGCUUACCUUGCCGAAAUGGAGGACGAUUUAUCCAAGUUGGAGUACCCAGAGUUUAAUGCGAAUGUUGAGCAUUCUGGGGGGGAGAGUUCUCCCCCUCAGGAAUCUUCUGAGAAAGGUAGUUCAUUACGGGGGGACGCAGCCCCCCCUACCGGAAGCACCAAAGAAACUUCAAAAGAUGAUACAUUGCUACCCUCGGUGGGUAUACUACUGAAAGAGAAUGGGAUCUCACCAACUGAUGCUUUGAAGAGUAUCAGUGGAUCUGGUCCAAAUGGAAGGAUUUUGAAGGGCGAUGUUCUUGCACACCUGGGCAAGAUCCCGAAAGAGUCUGUGAGUAAGAUCCAAGAUUACAUCUCGAAGAAUUCCAAGCUGGAUUUGACGGGGAUUAAGAUGCGUAGCUCAGAGACUGUGACCAAUGAGGGCUCUGCAGCUGUGAAGGGUGAAUCUUCCGCUCCCCCCAGUAAAACACCAGUACCCAAACCAGAAAAUAUCACCAUUGCCGAAGACAUAGUGAUCACACCUCGUGCAGGGGUCGAUUCAUUCAAGUUGGAGGGGGUCGUCAGGUCAUACAUGAACGAGGCAUACCACUACACUCACGAACUACCUGUGAGCAACACGCAAUCCGAUUUCUUCGAUCCAGUUUUCGAGGACUUGAUCACGCAGGAUCCAAGAUCUGCGAGGUUCUCAUUUGAGUACGCGCUUUCCCCGCUGACUGGUGACGGUGCUGGUGCCCGUGAGGACAUAUUUGACGUACUUAAGCGGUCCUCGGCAAGAGAGGACAAAGACCCCGUUGCCAAUCGUAAGGAGUCCGACUACGUCUUAUCCGUUAAGAUUGUCACAGAUGGGAAAUACGAUGAUGCGAAGUGCAAAGCUGAAAGGUUUCUUGAGUACGUGAGACAGCUGGAGUCGCUAUGA